AUGGCCGAAGUUAAGAAUAAUAACAAUAAUAAUUUAUUUCAAAUUAUUAUUAUUGGAGGUGGGAUAAGUGGGCUGGCAGCUGGGGAUGCAUUGGUUAAAAAGGGAAUAACGAAUUUUAAAAUUUGGAAGCGAGGGAUAAAAUUGGAGGCAGAGUGGAAGCAUAUGAAAUGGGUGAAUACACUGUUUACUUUUAAUACUUUAAUUAAUACUUUUAAUACAAUAUUUAUUAUUGGAUUUUCUGAAUAUUUUUCAAGGAACUUAAAAUUAGAAAUGGGAGCAAAUUAUAUUCAUGGUAUACUAGGGAAUCCCAUGUAUGAAUUAGCCUUAAAUCAUGGACUUAUUGACAUAACACAUACACCAAAAGAUCACCAAGUACUAGCUGUAAUGGAAGAUGGAAGUCAAAUCCCUUUUCUUAUGUUGCAAGAAGUGUAUGAGGCUUACACUUGCUUUUUAAGAAGGUGUGAAGAAUAUUUUUUAUCUCAAUUUUUGCCACCAGAAGGAAUAUCUAAUGUUGGAGAUCAUAUUAAAUUAGAAGUUGCUUUAUAUUUAGACAGAAUUAAUGAUAAUAAAGAAAAGCACAUAAAACAGCUAAUUUUUGAUUCUCUUUUGAAAAGAGAAACUUGUAUUACUGGUUGUAAUGAUAUGAACGAAGUGAAUUUAAUAGAAUUAGGUAGUUAUAUAGAACUCCAAGGAGGGAAUAUUGUCUUGCCUGGAGGGUACAGCAGUGUACUUCAAGCUGUUGCUUUAGAUAUACCUCCUGAAAAUAUAGUUUUAAAUCAUUGUGUUACCAAGAUUAAUUGGAUUAGUGAUAAAUGCAAAAAUGAAUGUUGCCAGGGCACUGGUUAUGAUUCUGGUAUUGAUUUAUUAGCCAAUGGUGAAGUGAAUAAUGAUUCAGAUUCUGAUGAAGAAAAGCAUAACAUUGAGCAGAUACCAUUAAAUAAUUCUAAUGAUUCUAAUGAUGAUAACGAUUCUAAAUUGCAAAACCUGGAAAUUUUCGAUAUUGAAAAAGAACUUGAUGUGGUUGAAGUAAUUUGUGAAAAUGGUGUAAAAUUUUAUGGAAGUCAUGUUAUAUGUACAAUCCCUUUGGGUGUCUUAAAAGAAAAAUCGGACACUUUAUUUUCUCCAAAACUGCCUCAAGAUAAACUAGAUUCAAUCAAGAAAUUAUCAUUUGGAACUGUUGAUAAAAUUUUUUUGGAAUAUUCUAGGCCAUUUUUACAUGACAAUGUUACAGAAGUUAUGUUACUUUGGGACAAUGAAAAUGUAGAUGAAAAUCUCGAAACUUGCUGGUUCAAAAAAAUUCAUGCUUUUUCAAAAGUGAGCGACACAUUGUUACUUGGAUGGAUAUCUGGAGAAGAAGCAAAGUUUAUGGAAAAGUUACCAAAUCAAGUUGUCGGAGAAAAAUGUACAGAAAUAUUAAGAAAAUUUCUCAACGAUCCAUAUAUCCCAUUGCCCAAGACAUGUACAACUUCUAAAUGGCAUAGUAAUGAACACUUUAGAGGAUCAUAUUCUUCCAUUAGUGUAGAAGCAUCACAUUUAGAUAUUGAAGUUAUUGCCAAGCCUUUAUUUUCUCAUUUACAUAAGAAAAAACCGAUUUUACUGUUUGCCGGAGAGCAUACUCAUCAUAGUUUUUACUCAACCGUUCAUGGCGCCUAUUUAACCGGAAAGAGUGCAGUUGAAAAUAUUUUAAAAGCGGAAGUCGAAAAUAUCACAGAAGAAGAUUCUUGUAGUACUAACAAAAACGAUGAUGAGAAAAACGAUCUCUAA